CCGAUCGGAUGAACCGCCACCGCCUCCUCCCCGUCGCUGCGGCAGUUAGACUAUAGUAUAUAAAUAGAUAGAUUUCGCCGGCGGCGUCUUUGAGCUCUGACCGCGGGGGGGUUCUUUCUUAUCUGCUUCUUUCCUGGCGGCGGCGCCGGCGGUGAGGUUCAGUGCAGCGGCUGUCCCCGGUUGGCGGUUUCUUGGUCUGAAUCGCGAUUUCUGUUUCGACACAAGAAAAGGAAUUUUUGGUUGCUGCCUUGCUGGUUCUUGAUUUGAUUUGUUUGUCCGGCUAUCCGCUUUGAUUUACUGUCAAGUUUCGCGUCGGUGGAAUCAUCCAAGCUGCUCCAAUUUGGUCAAAUUUUGGAUUUGGAUUCCAAGAAUUCCUCUUUUUUUCCCCAUUUUUGUCUGGUUACCCGGUGUUCUUAAAAGAUUGGACUAUGGGGGAUGUGUCGUUGAACGCGCCGAUCCCGAUCAACGCCGAGGCGCUUCCCGGCAGUAUCUCCAAGGGAGAUCAAUCUCUGGACUUGAUGUCAGAUGGAUGGACAAAUGAGAGGCACAGCUUGUACAUAAGCUCCAUGGAGGCAUCCUUCAUGAAACAGCUCUACGGAAAUGAGCACCAUGGGCAUGACAUGAAUAGGAGUCAUGCCGGCGACACAAAUGGGCUCAGGGUGCACCGGGAGGGUGUGUGCGACAACCUAAGGUCUGGGAGGGAUGAUGCUCACGCUCAUGAUAGAGGCAUGAGCUUCUUCCCUGAGAAUCCAUGGAUAAGACGCUUCAGACCGCGCAAUUCCGGUGUGAAUUUCAAGAAUGAUGUGGUGGGGUUUUCUGUGGAUGACGAUGAAUCGGGUACUGACAUGGUCCGACAGAGUGUUCGGGUGCAUGGAAGAGAAGGAAAGAGUUGUGUUGGAGAAAUUCUUGCUGAUAAAAGCACAGAAGUCUCUGAUCAGAAUUUUCCUGAUGAAGAUGUUGAAGUCGAUGCAGAACCAUGCAAGAGGAGGAGGCCUACCCAUUACACUACCACACCCAACGAGCAGACAACAUAGCAGUAUCAAUCGCACUCAUUUGCUGUUUAAUGCAUCUCUAGGUUGUUCCAUUAGGAAGAUCACAUGCAGCGACAAAACCCAGUGACACCAAGCGGAGGUACAGUCAAGUCUGAAGAAAACAUGGCUACUUGUUUUGGAAUAUUGCUGAUUUGUGGUGUACACUUGUGCUGCUGCUAGUCUUGUGACUUGACUAAUUGAAAUGUAUCGAUUGUUCUUGUGGUGUGAGAGGGCUGCAUUUGUUUCCUAGUUCGUAUUUAAUCAAUUAUCUGUAGAGCAUCAGGUUCAAAAAGUUUGUAAAUACAAAUUCUACAAUUGAAUUGUGAUGCCCCCUGUUGUAUUUCAGUGGCUUCUGUCUGCAAGUGAAUGCAGCAGUCAUGCUUGUCAUUGCACAAAAGAACUACACUUUCAAAAAAAAAAA